UGGUGCUGGGAGCCUCGCGGGCGCGGCGCCGUUACUCACAGUCGGGCGGCGGCAGCGGCACAUCGCUGAGCGCACAUCGCGCCUUAGCAGCAGCAGCUACAGCAGCGGAAGCACCCCCCGCCGUCACAGCCCCUGCGCUGGUGCAGCCACCCUCGCUCCCUCUGCUCUUCUUCCCUUCGCUCGCACCAUGGCUGAUCAGCUCACCGAAGAACAGAUCGCUGAGUUCAAGGAAGCUUUCUCCCUAUUUGACAAAGAUGGCGACGGCACCAUCACAACAAAGGAACUUGGAACUGUCAUGAGGUCACUGGGUCAGAACCCAACAGAAGCCGAAUUGCAGGAUAUGAUCAACGAGGUGGAUGCUGACGGUAAUGGCACCAUUGACUUCCCGGAAUUCUUGACUAUGAUGGCUAGAAAAAUGAAAGAUACGGACAGCGAAGAAGAAAUUCGCGAGGCAUUCCGAGUCUUUGACAAGGAUGGCAACGGUUACAUCAGUGCGGCAGAGCUUCAUCAUGUCAUGACCAACUUAGGGGAGAAACUAACAGAUGAAGAAGUAGAUGAAAUGAUCAGAGAAGCAGAUAUUGAUGGAGACGGGCAAGUCAACUAUGAAGAAUUCGUACAGAUGAUGACUGCAAAAUGAAGGCCUACUUUCAACUCCUUUCCCCCCCUUCUAGAAGAAUCAAAUUGAAUCUUUUACUUACCUCUUGCAAAAAAAAAAAAAGUUCAUUUACUCAUUCUGUUUCUAUAUAGCAAAACUGAAUGUCAAAAGUACCUUCUGUCCACACACACAAAAUCUGCAUGUAUUGGUUGGUGGUCCUGUCCCCUAAAGAUCAAGCUACACAUCAGUUUUACGACAUAAAUACUUGUCCUACCUUAAUGAUAAGGAAGCACCUAGUGGACUCCUCGCAGUUCCAUUUGCUCAUGAUUAAUACACUGGGCUGGCCAGUUUUUCAUGCAUGCAGCUUGACAAUUGAGCACAGUCAGGCAUUUGUAUUAAAAACGAAAAAUGAAAAAAAUUUAAAACUUCUUCAAAUGGGUUCUAGUUCAAUUUGUUAGUAUAAAAUUGUCAUAGCUGGUUUACAGAAAACAAACAUUUUAAAUUGGUUUACCUCAGGAUGCUGUGCAGAGAAAUGGGUGAAGGAUAAGCUGUCUAGACGUAGCCCCACUUAGCAGGACGGCCCUCUCGUACUUCUGGGUGCCCCCAUCCUUGGUGACCAUGACGCUCAUCUGGGUGGCAUGCCUCACAUGUUGGUUUAGCGUUGUCUGCAUUGUCCUGGAAUGACAUGGGUGUCAGGCUGUCACCAUUCACACAAAUUUAAAACAACAACAACAACAAAAAAAACCUUUACCAAGGGAGCAUCUUUGGACUCUCUGUUUUUAAAACCUCCUGAACCAUGACUUGGAGCCAGCAGAGUAGGCUGGGGCUGUGGACUUCAGCACAGGCAUCAACAUUGCUGAUCAAGGAAUUACAAUUUACGUCCAUUCCAAGUUGUAAAUGCUAGUCUUUUUUUUUUUUUUU